AUGGAGCUCAUUUACAAAGUACAUCAAACGUACACCCUCAAUGGCCAGAGAUACACCGAGACGUGUUAUCCCGGGGCUCUAGCUGGUACGCCCAAUUUGCCCUUGAGCACCAUUAUUACCGAGCCACGUUACGAUGCGCAAGGAAAAUACUUUGUUCUACACAAAGUGUACCGUCCAAUAAUCGACGCUUCUUCGCGUCUGCAAGAGCUUUUGUACUCAGGCUACAAAAAGGCUAUAUGCAGACAACGUGUUCCAGUUCCGGAGGACCGAGACAGGCAAGAGGGGGAAUCCGGAGGCAUCACAGAAGAAGAGUUUCACCUUAUGAUGGUCCAGCACGCUAUCAAGGCAAUCGAAGAACAAAGACCGGCGAUGGGGCUAGCUCCUCUCUACCACGAUCAUUUCGCACGAUUUCUACACGCGAUUGGAUCUUCCAAAGCUGCUAUGAUUAAGACUUUGUAUUUCAACGGCAUAGUCAAAAUGCAUAAAUGUUCCGUGAGCACCAGCUGCAAACCCCCAGGUCGCGAUUGGUGCGAGGAUGACUUGGUUGGAAAACUCCAAUGGUAUGUCCCGCUUAUCAAUAAAUUUUGUAUACAACUACAGAUGCUUGUCAUCAACGUGAGAGAGGAUUUUGAGACAAGCGAUACCAUAAGACCUGGUAUACCCACCAUGUUCGACAGGGAAAAACGAAAAUGCGAAUCGGAGGCACAUUUAUGA